AUGUCGCAAGAAGUGGAUCCAGCGCGUCAAAAUGAUGCUGUAGAGCCAAAAGUGGAAGAUACAGUGUCUGAUGGGAUGAACAAAGAAGAAAAGUUUGAACGACCACCAUUCACACCAUUGCAAGAUUGCAUUGAUGCGUUUAAUUAUAUUAUGUGGAAUCCAGAGGCUCAUUUUAUUACAUUACCAUUGCUCCUCAUACUGGAGUCGUUAGCCAUGAAAAUUAUUCAAAAAGCGGUUUCCUACACCGAGAUCGAUUACACCGCUUACAUGGAACAGAUAUGGAUGAUCAAAAAUGGUGAGAGGAAUUAUCUAAAUAUUGCUGGUGGUACUGGUCCCUUGGUAUACCCUGCGGGACAUGUGGUAAUUUACAAGGUAAUGGAGAGUAUCAGUGAUGGCUUGGAGAAGAUUCCAAAUGCGCAGCAAUUCUUUAGAUACUUGGACUUGGUUACCUUGUUUGUGCAAUUUGCCAUAUAUUACAUUUUAAAAGUACCAUCUGCUUACGUGGUAUUUGCUGUGCUAUCCAAAAGGUUACACUCUAUAUACGUGUUAAGGCUAUUCAAUGAUUGUUUUACCACUCUAUUCGUGUCUCUCAGCGUUCUGCUUUUGAUUACAAGUACCAAGGUUCAAAGAAGAAGAAGAAGAAGCAUUGUGGUGUGCAUUGCCAGUGUUUUUUACUCAAUGGCAGUGAGUAUCAAGAUGAAUGCCCUACUAUAUCUCCCAGGUGUGCUUUUAAGCGUGUACUUGUUGGAGAAGGGCAAUUUAUUCAAGACUUUUUUGAACAUUGUUAUCAUGUUCACGUGGCAAGUUGUUGUUGCGAUCCCAUUCUGGAGAGAGUAUCCCAAGGAAUACUUGAAAGGGGCCUUCGACUUCGGUCGUCAAUUCAUGUACAAAUGGUCCGUCAACUGGCAAAUGGUAGAAGAAGAAGUUUUCUUGAACCCUGUAUUCCACAGGGCCUUACUGGUAUCGCACUGCGUGGUCCUUCUUAUGUUCAUCAUUUUCAAAAUGCUUCCGAUGACUGUGGACCAAACUAUUUCUGCUUGUAAAAGUAGUUUGCUACAUCCAUUCACUAGUGUGCUUCCUGCCAGUGUCAAUCUAACCGCUACCACCGUAGCCUACACUCUACUAGUGACCAACUACAUUGGGAUUCUGUUCGCGAGAUCUUUGCACUACCAAUUCCUCGCAUGGUACCACUGGACCCUCCCUGUAAUCUUAUACUGGAGCCCGCUACCGUACCCUGUUUGUGUUGCUUGGUACGCAGCUCACGAGUGGUGCUGGAACAGCUACCCACCAAACGCGACAGCGUCAGCACUGCUACACUUUUGCAAUGCGACAAUGCUAGUACUGGUGUGGCUUGGCAGACGCAGCACUAGCGCUGUUCCAGCAUCUGUGACCAAGGACAAGCAGGAAUGA